CUCGCUCCAACCCACACAGAAGCCGCCUGCGCAGCCAUGGCAAGGACUGGAAUCAGGGUUCGAGGUGCAUUUUCUAUAACCCUAUUGCUUGUACGAUGUCAUGGCUUCUGUGCUCCCAUGAGGACAUCGACAGCACUCACUAAAGUUCACCCCCCGACAGAAGCCACGACAUCACCAACUCGGCACCAUCUGCUGGCGUAUGACAACCCACUGUCUGCAAUAACGGCCGCACGACGAGAGUCGACGCGCUCGCGAUCAAGGGUGGCUCUAGCUGCGACCACGGUGGAGCCUGUGGCCACUGGGUCUUCUCCUCCUGCUUCCGAGGCCGAUGCCGGAGACCUCCCGGACGUGAUCGACAUCCUAGGGGUUAGCUUUGAGCGCUGGAGGAAAAACGACGCCAAUGGACCGGCGUCACCCUCCGCUACCGGGGGAGCUGCGAACGGCUCGAAGGUUGACGGCGAUAAGAUGGUGCUGUUGUAUUUGCCCGGGAUCGAGGGGCUUGGUACUUCGGUCGAGCCCCAGCUACCUGCUCUCUCCGAGAAGUUCGAUGUGUUCAGGCUCAUCAUCGGGGCGGAGGAUAGGUCCACCUUCUCAACGUUGUCCAGAGCGGUGACUCAGUUUGUUGAUGUUACUAGCGGAGAGGGUGGUGGGAACCAGAAGAAGACGGUGGUUCUUGGGGAGAGCUUCGGAGCUAUGCUAGGCAUUCGACUUGGGCAGCUCAGACCGGGGCGUGUACAAGCGGUCUUCGCCGUAAACCCCGCCACGAGCUUCGGCCGCACAGCGUGGAGGUCUCUGGGUCCUCUCCUGUCCCUCGCCCCCAAGAGCCAGUACAAGGCCGCGUCGGUGGCGGUGUUCGCUGCAACCAUCCCGGAUGUGUCCCAGAUGAUGAGCGUGGUAGACGUCAUGAUCGACCCCAACAACGGAAUUAAGGUCACAGACAGACCCAAGGCCCUGGCGGACAGGCUUGGGGGGCUGUGGGAAAUGAUCUCAGAAGUUUCCGAGAACCUUCCCCCGGCGACUUUGAGAUGGAGGAUCCAGAACUGGCUGGCUGCGGGGCAGGGUCGUGUCGAAAGGGGGCUUGCAGACAUGAAGGUGCCGGUGGUCAUUGUAGCGGGGUCCGCGGAUAGGCUCCUGCCCUCAGUGAACGAGGCCGAGCGUCUGAAGAACCUCAUACCGGGAUGCCGGAGCAUGGUGCUCGAGGGACACGGACACGCUCCACUCUUCGACGGCCGGGUGGACAUGUCAGAGAUCAUAGCCGGAGAUCCCGCGAUGGAAGGCGUUGCAUUUCCGCAGGGUGACACUGAGCAGCACAAUGGAGAUGAAGAAGGACAAGGCAAGGACAUGAAGUCGCUCUUGUCCGGGGUGUACUCGAAGGACUGGGUGAACGACUUCGUCGAGCCUGACGCGAGCGUGAUUGAAGAGGGGAGAAAGACGAUCGACUUCCUCUUGAAAAGCGUGAGCCCGGUUUUCUUCUCCACCGGCGCGGACGGCGUCACCGUGUCCGGACUGUCGAAAGUUCCUGAUGGAGACAAGUCCACGAGCCGACCAAUCAUAUUCGUCGGGAACCACCAGCUCUUGGCGCUUGACCUAGGGGUCAUCGUGGAAAGGCUGUUCUCUGAGAGACAGAUUCUAGCCAGAGGGCUUGCCCACCCGAUAGUGUUUAUGGGCCGGACCACCCCUCGUGCUUUAGAUGGUGUUGUGGAUGGUGUCGUCAAGUCGAGCGAGGAGCAGAGUAUGAACGAAAACGGCGAAAUGAACAGCAGCAACAGCAACAACGUCAGCAAGGGCGAGAUCAAGGACAGCGCUGCAGAUGGACAGGGGAAGGGGAAGGCGGGGGAGACCCAAGGGAAGGACGAGAACGGCAUGCAGACGUUCUUCACGAAGUUUGGGGCGGUGCCGGUAUCCCCGCGAAACAUGUACCGCCUGCUGAAGAGAGGGGACAACGUGCUGCUCUUCCCCGGUGGAGUUAGCGAGGCAUACCACAGAAAGGGUGAGGACUACAAGCUGUUCUGGCCGGAGAAGGCUGAGUUCGUUCGUCUUGCCGUCGCCUCCGACGCUAUCAUCGUCCCCUUCUCCGCCAUUGGCGUCGCCGAUAGGUACGCGCUCCAUGUUCUGAGCUGGAAGAGAGAAGCAGGCCUCAAACGUUUAUGUAUUUCUACACACUAA